CCGUAAUCCGCGCUGCUGUCGUGACGGUCGUACAGCUGCAUCACUGCCGUAUUCUGCGGACGCGAUCCCAGCUGAGAGCAAGAUGUCGGACAGCUGGCGCCUGGCCUGUGACACCUACCAGCUCGCCGUCACCGCCUCGGAGGUGGAAUCCCGGACUGACCCGGAGAAUGAGCCCUACCGCUCCAAGUACCGGGCCCGCGAGCUGCUGCGGGAGGUGCGGGCUCUGCUGCGGCCCCGGGAGGAGGGGGAGGACCGGCUCCUAGCGGCCCGGCUCGGGGUGAUCGAGUACAAACUGGGGGUGAAUCACACGGAGACCGAGGAGAUGUCCGCCGGAGAGGAGCAUCUAGUGAAAUGCGGGAGGAUCCUGGAGAGAUACCGGCUGUCAGAGGACUGUGUGUCCACCUACAUCCAGGCUCAGGUAUGGCUGAGUGUCCGCCUGCAUCCAGGCUCAGGUAUGGCUGAGUGUCCGCCUUCAUCCAGGCUCAGGUAUGGCUGAGUGUCCGCCUUCAUCCAGGCUCAGGUGUGGCUGUGUGUCCGCCUGCAUCCGGGCUCAGGUAUGGCUGAGUGUCCGCCUGCAUCCAGGCUCAGGUAUGGCUGAGUGUCCGCCUACAUCCGGGCUCAGGUAUGGCUGAGUGUCCGCCUACAUCCGGGCUCGGGUAUGGCUGAGUGUCCGCCUUCAUCCAGGCUCAGGUGUGGCUGUGUGUCCGCCUGCAUCCGGGCUCAGGUGUGGCUGUGUGUCCGCCUGCAUCCGGGCUCAGGUAUGGCUGAGUGUCCGCCUGCAUCCAGGCUCAGGUAUGGCUGAGUGUCCGCCUACAUCCGGGCUCGGGUAUGGCUGAGUGUCCGCCUACAUCCGGGCUCGGGUAUGGCUGAGUGUCCGCCUACAUCCGGGCUCGGGUAUGGCUGAGUGUCCGCCUGCAUCCGGGCUCGGGUAUGGCUGAGUGUCCGCCUGCAUCCGGGCUCGGGUAUGGCUGAGUGCCCGCCUGCAUCCGGGCUCGGGUAUGGCUGAGUGCCCGCCUGCAUCCGGGCUCGGGUAUGGCUGAGUGCCCGCCUGCAUCCGGGCUCGGGUAUGGCUGAGUGCCUGCCUGCAUCCGUGCUCGGGUAUGGCUGAGUGCCUGCCUGCAUCCGUGCUCGGGUAUGGCUGAGUGCCUGCCUGCAUCCGUGCUCGGGUAUGGCUGAGUGCCCGCCUGCAUCCGGGCUCGGGAAGGCUGAGUGCCCGCCUGCAUCCGGGCUCGGGUAUGGCUGAGUGUCCGCCUACAUCCAGGCACUAUUUGCUGAACUCUGAAUUUUCACAAAAUAAAUCUGAAAGGAGGAUUGGAGGCAAAACUAGCUAAUGUGAAAAAAUUCUGCAAUAACUCUGCAAUAGUCACAACAUGACUAUUUAUUUUUAUCUAAAUUUUGCCGUUUUGAUUUAUUUUGCAAAAAUUCAAUGUCUUGCGAAUUACCAUGAAUGUUUUACCCCCUGCCCUCCCAUAGUCUCCAUCUUUUUCCACAUUGUGUGAUGUCAUCUGUGUUCAGGAUGUACUGGCAGUGUGUGAUCUACGAACGGGGAAUACUGACUGUGCUUGGAGCAUGUGUGGUAUGUGAUGGCUGUAUGUGCGCUAUGCAAUAUGUAUAUAUUUGUUUGUACAAUAAAGAUUAUGCUUUUUUUUUCCCCCCAUAAGUUUUAAAACCUCUUAGAAUUUGACUGCACAUAAUAUAUAUUUUAAUUUUAUUACAGAAUAAUCUUGGAAUUCUCUGGGCUGACAGAGGUGAAAUAAUUGUGGCACAGACAUACUUAGAAUCUGCAGAAUCCUUAUAUUACCAAUACAUGAAAGAGGUGAGUCUAAUUUUUGGGUUCAAAUAUAUAUGGAUACAUAAGAAUGCAGACCAGACAGGAGUAAGACAUUACGUUGUGGUCAUAUAGCAUUAAUUAAAUUUGGUCUGCCAUUCCUUAAUUCAGGCAAAAUUGAACAAAACAAACAAACCAACUGCCAGACAGACUUGUGUCUCAAUAAAAUUGAUGCCCAAUACAAGUGAAUCGUUAGCACUAGACUUGUGUAGAACUAAAAAAUGGAUUCCUCCAUAUGACUCUUCGGUUUGAAAGAAACUCAUCAAUGUAGUAGGUUUAGGAAAAACUAUAAGUUGCGUGAAAAUGUUCCUAUUAUUGUACUGCAGUGCAAAAACUGCUAAAAUAAUGGCUAGGCAUUUUUGUAAUGCUAAUUGUGUGUUCUCAUAACUAUAUUAUAUCUGUGGACACAGGAAAAAAAAAACCCCAACACUUUCUACAAAGAGUUCAGAAAAAAAAAGAAAGACCUGCCACAAUUGUGCAGUAAACUACCACACACUGUAUUGCAAUUUGCAAUGUACAAGCAGUGUCGAUGAAGCACAGUGCAACAGCAAAAAUUAAAUAAAUAAAUGCCACACUCGAUGCAUGCAGGCUCAAUGCAGCUAUCUAGCACACUGUAUUGCAAUUUGCAAAGGCUGUAUCAUUGAAGUACUCUGCACAUCAAAUAAUCUUUAAAAAAUAAAUAAAACACAAAUCAGUAAAAUGAUCAGUAAAUCAAAGUUGGUGUAAGUGGCUGUGUAACCACCUCACCAGUCUCCCAGUAUGAUCAGUGACAUAGGGUCCCAGACAGGCAAAGCAGUGGUGAACAUACAUAAUCAUAGCUGGUCUUACUCCCUCAAAAGCUGCAGUCACAUUGUCUAGAAGAAUCCUGCUUGGAAAUAUAUUGGUGUUUUUUUUUGUUUUGUUUUUUUACUGCUUCCUCUCUAUUGGUCACUUCCCAAUUGAUCUGUAAAUUAAAUCAACCUUUAGUGGCCCUUAAGCAUCAAUUAUUUUUUUCCUAACUCUUUAUUGGGCUGGAGAUACAGCCCACAUCAAUUCUAUCGUAGCUAACUAAUGUAAGCCCCCAAAAAAACAACUGCUUCCUUUCCCUCCCUCUUUUUCUGGUGUCACGUACAGAAUUAUGGAACAAACAAAAUGGCUCGUCCACUGCCAGUUUUAUUUAUUUCUGCAUAAGUCUAUUUGGAGAUGGGGAAUUCGAACAAAUCAUGAUCGUCCAAAAUUUGGACGAAUCACCAUAAAUUUGUGACCAAAUUACCGACCCCCAGGAAAUCGUUAUCCCACCAUAAGAUUAAAGGGAUCCUAUAGUGCCAGGAAAACAAACCUGUUUUCCUGGCACUAUAGGCUCCUGGAGUGCCCCGCUCCCCUCGGGGCUGUAGGGGUUAUAACCCCUUUGGCUACUUACCUGCACCAGCACCGAUGUCCCUCGAUGCUGGGUCAGGCUCUGCCCACACUCCUCCUCCUGGCUGCCCGCGCAUUAGACCUUGGCUGCCGCUGGAGGUCCUUGAGGACGUCCAGUGUCAGAUAACGGACCAACAGUACGUUUUGGAUUCCGUAAGCCCUCUAGUGGCUGUCUGUUAGAAAGUCACAGAGGGCAGACUUAGAGCUGCAAUGUAAACAUUGCAGUUUCUUUGGAACUGCAAUGUUUUACAUUGCAACACUAAGUGCAAAAGGGUCACAGCACCCAGACCACUUCAGUUAGUUGUAGUUGGGUCCGUGCAAUGCGGGAUUCCACGUAUCAAAUGUGGGGAUCAACUACUUAUUGUUGGACUCUGACAACACCUUGCCUGUGGGUGACACACAAUAGUUAUACAUGACACAUGCUGUUAUCUCAGGUACAGCUUAUAUUAAUCCUGCUGAAUUUGUUUUAAAGAAUCAAAUAAAAUGGGUUAAUUUGACACUUCUAUUGACUUGCCAUUAAACCCAUUUUCUGUAUGUAUAUUUACAUUUUGUAGAUUGGCAAACCUCCAAUGGAUCCUGAUGAUCAUUUCUUAUCUGAAGAAAAACAGCUGACUGAACAAGAGAGAUCUAAGAGGUAAUGGUCUCCUACUGCUCUACACCAGUGUUAGCCCAUUAAGGACUUGGCAGUCAUGCACAUCAGAAAAUUCUUGUCUCUUAGCAACCAUAUUCAGAUGUGGAAUGUCCUCUCCUUUAGUGCCCACAUUGCUUUGCAGCAUAAAAAAAGCAGAUCUUUGCAGACUGGGUGUCAUUUUAGAAACAUUCUGAUUUCAUAGAUGUGGAUCCUUUUUUAAGACAUUAGUUUAUGAUGUAGGGAUUUCUCAGUUCUUUUAGAUGGAUCCUUUUUUUUAGUUGAAUACAAUUGGCUUGCUGGGAUGGAUGAUUGAGAUUUAGGUUGGCAACACCUGCUCAAGGUGAAUAUUUUUUUUCCUUGUCAUUAGGUUUUGAUGGUCAUUUUGUCAUUUCAGGUUUGAGAGGGUGUACACCCAUACACUUUACUAUUUAGCACAAGUCUACAAACAUCUAAAACAGGAUGAAAAGUCAGCUCAGUAUUGUCACACUACUUUGCAGAGACAACUGGAGUACGAUGGAUACAGCCCAGUUGAGUGGGCAAUCAAUGCUGCCACAUUAUCUCAAUAUUAUCUUGCAAAGGUAGGAAUUUCCUCAAUGUUAUAAUUUACUUUACAUUGUAUGCAAAUAAAACACUUCUUCUCUUCUUGAAAGAAGAGACAGAUAUUUUUAAAUAUGUUAAAUACCACCCAAAAUUGCAGAAAGCAAAUGCAGGACAGAUGUUAAAGUGGACCAGUCGAGAGCAGAGUGCAUGUAUACUGAGCUUACAUCCAUUUUCUAACUGACACAGAUUCUAUAGUUUGCUAUGAGCAUGUCAUUGAAUGUGCUGUUUAUUUUUAAAAUACUUUUGACUGAUGUCUCCAUGAAAUGAAACACUGGAUAAAUAACCCAGUGCAGUGAUUUGAGUCAGAUUACUGAGAUCAAUUAGGCAUCAGACAUGUGAUGCUGCAAAACAACCUUCAGUUUGUUUCUUAGCAACCAUACAACUAACUAAACAUGUAAGUAAUUCCCAAAUGUGAAUGAGAAGCACUCAAAGCAACAUAGGUGCAAGAACACAUUUAUUUUUUUUACAGCAUUACACUAAAAUAUUUUUUGCCGCCUGCAUGUGUUACGAAAAAAAACCUUAAAGCUGAUUGUUUUAUCCAAUAUUGGAAAUGGUUGUAACGUUUAGAGGUAUGCUACUAAGCGUAUGUUGUUGAGGUUAAAGCGUCACUGUCACCGUCUGGGGACCUAAUGUGCAAAGACCCCCUGACGGUGACAUCGCCGCUGGUGGUCCAGUGGCCGGAGGAGAAGGAAAAGGUUAGAUUUAUUUUCUUGAGCCUGUCCAUCGUGAGUGCCACAAUUUUCUUCCGGACAGUCCUCCUUUGAAGUGGCUGGAGUCAAUAUCACUGCUGUACUCUCACGCAUGCAGAAGAGUACUUUUGGACAACAUCCCCCAUAAUGCUCGUACACCUGUAAUGCUGGCAAAGCAUCAUGGGAGGUGUGGUCCAAAACAUCUGGAGUGCCGAAGGUUGCCUGUGCCUGGUAUAGACCAUGCUUCUGAAGUCUCACUGCUCAAUUCUCUGCCAUUAAGGAGUUAAAUCACUUACGUAUAUACAGCUCUAGUCACAGCUCACCUGGCUGUGACUCACACAGCCAGCAUAAAUUUUUUUUAUAUAAUUUUCAGUCAACUGUUAACUUACUUUUGAAGUUUUUAUCUUCUGCUCUGUUAUUUAAACUUUAAUCACAUACAGGAGGCUCCUUCAAUUUAUAGCAAGCUAUUAACCUUGCAUGAGAUAAGAAAUUCUAAAUUAAACAGAAUUUGCAAUAAAGGAAGUGUAAAUAUUUAAUAUCACUCUCAUAUAUCAUAUUGAGAGUGAUAUUGAAUAUUUAUAUUUUUUAUUUAUUAUUUUCUUCCGUUUUCAGCUUUUAUAAAGGAAGUGUAAACCUUGGGUCUCACUUGACAGGAUGUGUUUAGGAAGGCUGUGCACGUUACUUGCAGGGGAGGUUGCGACUAGGGCUGAAUAAACAGAAACAAAAGUGAUUUAACUUUUGAAUGGCAGAGAAUUGUACAGUGAUACAGAAGAGGCUUAAUCGGUACACAAAAUCUGUACAGAUCAAAGUUGUUUUGGUGUUUUGUCUCUUAUUUGCAUACUAGGUGCUAAAAACCGACUAUUGUGAUUCUUUGGGAUUUGUCAAAAAUGCUUAUUAACGUUAUUGAAAGCAUAGAUAAUCAAAUGCAAGUCCAUAAUCUACAAACAGAUGACUAGUUCCAGCAAACAUUUUAAUUGAAAAUGCAUUUGUCCCUGUUUUCUCUGCAGCAAUGUUACAUGGAAUCCAGACACUGCCUUGCAGCAGCAAAUAUCAUCUUUAGCAAAGCAGAACAAGUGGUUUCCCCAGAGACAACAAAAGAAAGUAUGUUUUACUUUGGUGAUCAUCUUUAAAAUACUAAUUUGUAUAUAUUUGAAAGGAAUUUUUUUUUAGAGAUUAUCUGCUACAAUGCUACUAGAUGGAAAAUGGUCUCCCAGUCACAUAUAAACUGUUAAUGAUUUUGAAAAUUGCACGUACACAUAGGCUUGUAGGUCUGUAGAAGUUUGAGAAGACUACAUGGACCAAGUAUCUUUGGACUUUGGUAGAGUUGUGCUUUUGGGGCUACAGCCCUGAAUUUGGUGUUGUCUAGCCCUGAAUCUCAUCAGGCACAUGCUGUUUUUUUACCUGUAUAAAUCCUCACCCCUUAUUGAUGUAUUUCCCUACCUGCGGACCACCUACACAACCCAUUGGUCUACUCUGCACACUGCUUCCGAUUCUGAGGAAAAGAGCUAGGACCGUUAAGCUAGUAUCAGAACAUGCUGUGAUUAUCAAAUAUAAUACAGAUAAAGGAACAGUGCACACAUAAAAGUAAAAUUUUAAAAUUUAUAAGGCUUCUUCAAAAUCACCAAUAAACAAAUAUGGGGAUUCAAUUUCACAAUAUGGCCAUAUUGUGUUAAGCCCACCAUUACUUCACAAUAGAAAGGUUUUGGAUUGUAAUGUCACUUUAAUUAUAAUUUUUAUAAAACAGGUAUAUGAUAUGCAUUGGGAGUGUACGCAUCAAAGCACUAUCACAUUAAUUUUGCAUUAUAUAUAUUCACAAUGCUUUUACAACAGAUGAUUAAAUUCCACAUGUUUUCUUAUUUAGCACUAUUUAAUUUGUCUCCUAUGUUGGACUUAGUGUUGGAUCCAGCGAUAUUGGGGUACUGUGAAGUAGUGGUGAGUUUAUCACAACAUGGUCAUAUGGUUGAACAGAACAACCACAUUUGUUUGUUGAAAUAGCUGAUUUUAAGGAGCCUCAUAAAAUUUAACAAUUAUUUUUAUGCAUGCGCUGUUCCUUUAUUGGUAUUAUGUAUAAAUUUUGGUCACUACGGCAGCACCAUUCCUGAGAAAUGCGUGUUCCUGGUGUGUCCCUAAUUCCCUUUUUGUCUUGACAAACUUAACCUGCAUUUUUCUUCGUGAAAUGUUUACUGUUUUUAUUUUGGGACUUUUAUUACCUCCUUAUUAUUGAUUUUGUUUUUUCAGAUGAAAGUGAACAGGAUCGUAUAGAGUUUCUUGGGCAGAAGAAGGCAGAAAUUGCCAGAUGUUGGGUUAAAUACUGUCUCAAUUUAUUGCAAGACUCACGUAAAAGUCUUGAGGUAAUGUGCAUUUUUUUUUAAAAUUUUUUUUAUUUUUUUUAAUCCUUGCAAUUGUGGUUGAAUAAAGAUCUUACAAACUUAAUAUUUACUAAUGCACUACAUAUACUAACAAAAAUUUAAAAAGCUUACCCUCACACAGCAUACUGCUGUUCAAAAUCGGCAAAUAGGCAUUGAUAGCACUGUCUCUUUCAGAUAUCCCAUCCAUUUAUAUCGGCUGUCUUCAUAAUUACUGAGCAGUUUCACUAUUUUGAGGCUCCUAUGUAUAUGUUGGUAUUGAUUCAGUUUUAAAGGGAUUCUAUAGUGCCAGGAAAACAAAGCCGUUUUCCUGACACUAUAGGGUUAAUAGGUCCCCCCUCCCGCGGGGCUGAAAGGGUAAAACCACUUACCUGAAUCCAGCACUGAUGUCAUUUGGCGCUGGGUCAGGCCUUGCCCACGCUCCUCCCCCGCCGAUGUCAGCAGGUGAUGGAGACCUAAUGUGCAUGUGCGGUAAUGGCCGCGCGCUCAUUAGACCUCCCCAUAGGAAAGCAUUAUUCACUGCCUUGAGUAUUGAGUGGAAAUUUUGAGUGCUGUGUUUAUUAUUUUAAUAUGAUUUGCAAUAAAGUUUGUGUACAAGAAAAUACACAAAAUGUUUCCCAUAUUGCCUGGGAGUUAAGUAGCUGGAAACCCAUUUAAAGGUUUACUUCAAGCAUCAAAACCACCACAGAUCACUUUGAUGGAUAUGAUUCCAGGAGUUUUCUGGCCCGAUAUUCCAGUAGUGAUGCAGCCUGCUUUUUCAAUGGUUUUUAUAUUUUCCUGGGUCCCCACCAGGUGCUUGGUGUCCUCUGGUGCUGGCCCAUGACAUCCAGGACCUGCAGUGCUGCAGAACCCAGAUGCCAAUCUCCCGCUCUUUCAUUGAUUAAGAAUGUCAGCUGACUGCUUUCUGCCAACUAAUUAGUAUCUAUGCAUAGAAAUAUGCACAGAAGUGACAUUAACCAGCCUCUUCUUCCAGGCUGGCUGUUGAAGACCCAAUGAUGCUGCUGGAGGUGGAGUUACACCUCCGUAUGUGCAGCGUUAAGUAACAAAACACUUCAUACGCAGAUUUCAAAAACUAAAGUGGUUUUAGUGCUUGGAGUAACCUUUAAACGGAUACUCCGCUGCCCAAAUCCCCCCAAAUUAAAAAUCAUUCUUUAGUAGAUCUACCGCCAAUAAAAACAUGCAUGCAUUUAAUUGGGCAUUUUUUCAUUGGGUGUAUAUCUAAAAACAUAAAAUACAAACACAAUAGGUGGAGCAAAUUAUAUACUUUCCUCUCUUCUCAUUAGGUCCAGCAAUGCUGCAAAGACAGAGAGGUAUACAGUAGUCCAGAUAACUCAAAACCAUAUAUGUAAAUACUGCUUUAAAUAAGAAUGCACCCACAAGAGUAGAGCCAUAUAUAUAACCUGGCUCUGGUAUGGCUGGCCUUAGGAUCUAUAAGGGUGAUCCAAAUCCCCCUGUGGAUAGUCUGGGUACCUGGUCUGGAUACCUGGAGUGUUGAAAUCUCCUCCCAGCAGUUAAUAGCAGAAACUCCAAAUGAUGUUAAAUUUAAUUUAUUAAUAAAACACAUGGAUAAAAAUAAAUAGAAAUAAAAUCUAUUAGUAAUGUCCAAUUUGUUGCCAAAACGCAUUUUGCCUAAUGUGGCUUCCUCCGUAGAUUUUAUUUCUAUUUAUUUUUAUAGAAAAUGGCACAAUCUUUUUAAAUCAAAGGCCUUAUUUUUGGCAGAAACUUUAUCUGGAGAGUAUAUGCUAGGAUAGCUGAACAUUCAUUAUUAUAUCUAUCCACCGGCCUACAGAUCUGGGGUUCUUUCACACUUUCAUGUUUUUUUUAUUUUUUUAUUUUGUAUUGCGUGCUCCCCUUGUGAUUGUAUACAUGCAAUUAAAUGAAACCAUCCUUAUCUAGAUCAUAUGCAACCGCUGCAUGUAAAUCAGAGCAGGUGCGUUAUUUCAAAAACUAGUAACGAUGCAAUGAAAAGUCACAAGGUGGCAGCAAAAUGCUUCUGUCAGUAGUGCAUGUAGAAUUGGAACUGUCACUAGGCAAUAGUUUUUGAUUCCCUGUUGAUUUCAAUGAGUACUUCUUUUAUUAGGGCCACCUGAGAGCACACAGGCAUCAUAAUCAUUUAAUAUGAGGAUCAAACCAUGUAGUGGCUGAUCUAAGAUUAUUUAAUACGUCUGUUUGAUAUAUUUUUUUCCAGUUGAGAUUACUAUCGUGUUUGCUAGCAUAUUUAAUAAGAUAUCCUCUUAAAAUGUGUUUCUGCUCAAAAAUAUAAGAUAGGUGUGCUUAGGUAUUCAUAUCUAAUAUACACCUUGAAAAUAAAUACAGGUAUACAUUUACAAAGGUAAUGUUAUUCUAAGUUACUGUUCAAGAGAUAAUUGUUUAAAGAAACACUGUAAGUACUCAAACUGUUGACUUGCUUGACUUAUUACCUGGGAUUCACUGACGGCUGCUCCCCAUUUCCACUAGUAAUGGUAUAGAGCCAUUAAAUCCUUAGCAGCAACUCCACUUUGCAUGAGGCCAGGCAAAUCCAUUCAAUAGGUUCCCACUCACGCUAAUGUCAGAAGAGGCAUAGAGGUACCUCGACACUGGAAUCAGGUUUGUGUUUAAAGGGAUAUUUUAAACCUUUAUCAUCCGGGGUGUGCGGGUGGAAACUGCUAGUAAUACCAGUUCCUUUAAGGCAGACUAGUAUGUUGUAUUCUUGUUAACAUGACAUUCUUAAUUUCUAUCAUAGGAUAACAUUGGAGAACUUGAUGUUGACAUUCAGGAUGAACUUAAAGCCCAGAGACGAAAAGAAGAGGAUGAAAAAGAGAGAGGUCGGAAGAAGGCAGUUCUCUUUGGAUCAAGUGAUAUAUAUGAUUCCAUACUUGCUGUAGAAGAAAAAGUUGACUGUUCCUAUCCGCUAGAUUUCAAAGAAGCAAGAGAGGUGUUCCUAAUUGGACAGAAUUAUGUCAAUGAGGCAAAGGAAUAUUUUCAGCUGGAUGGUCAUGUAACUGACCACAUUGAGAUAAUCCGGGACCACAGCGCACUCUUUAAGGUUCUUGCUUUUUUUGAGGAUGAUUAUGAAAGGCGCUGUAAAAUGCACAAACGCAGAGUAGAUAUGUUAGAGCCUAUGUGCAAAGAGUUGAAUCCACAAUACUAUCUUCUAGUAUGCAGACAGCUUCAGUUUGAGCUAGCUGACACUUAUUAUGAGAUGAUGGAUUUGAAAGUAGCAAUUGGCAACAAACUAGAUGAGUUGGAUUCUCACACAAUUAAAAAGAUCAAUACUCUAGCACAGUCAGCAAUUAAUUACUAUGAAAUGUUUUUGGACUCCUUGAGAAGCCCAGAUAAAAAGUUCCCGGAAAAGCUUGAUGAGGACGUUCUCCGUCCUGCCUUGGUGGCCAAGUUUCACAUUGCGCGUCUUUAUGGAAAACUUAUUUGUACAGAUCAAAAGAAACAGCUGCAAAAUAUGCAGACCUCUUUGAAUUACUACUUAUUUCUUGUAGAAUACUGUGAAAGAUAUGAAGAUGCCAUCAAAUCAGUUGAAACAGAGUUGGAACUUAGUAAGGAAAUGGUGGCUUUACUCCCUACACGUAUGGAAAGGUUAAGAGCCAGAUUAACAUCCUUCUAAAUUCUAGGCAUAAAACGUGCUUCUGUGUUUAUUUUAAUAAUACAUUUCAUGCUAUAUUUAUUAUUAUUAUUAUUUAGGAUUCCCUCCAUGAAACAUGCACCUGCAAGUAUUGAUUUUGACAGUAAAUGUGUUCUUGGACAACGAAUAGACCCACUGACAGAGGUUGGGAUUGUUUUGUUGUUUUUCUAGAGAGGAAGAAGAUUACAGAACAGUUCAGAAUAUUGAGAAUUCUAACUGCCGACCUCCGUCAGAACAUCCCUGAACAUUUCAGUCCAUUACAAAGAGUUAGACCGGUUUAGAGCAAGAGCAAGCUGUGUCAAAGUACUAAAGGUAUAAGGCAGUCAGAUAGCUGUGUGGAUCAUACAUCGUCUUUUUGAGAGACCUGACCUAUGAAGGUUCCCACAGGAUACUAUGUAGACCUCAGUGCUGUUCUCUUGUGGAUACAUAUUUUUGAAUCUUCUUUUUUUUUUUUUUUGCAGUUUAUUUAGGUGACUGGUUAACAAACUGAUCUGGAAUUGUCUCCCCAGUGUUCUAAAUCUCGGAAUCAUAUACUGGGAGAAGCAUUGUCAGCAAAUUGAGAUAUUUCAAUACAAAUAAUUCUUUUGAACUGUAGGAAACAAAGUUGUUAAUUUAGACAAAAGAAAAUAAUUUGAUGGCAAAUGUGGUGUAACAAGAAAUAGACAUGCUUUCCGAUUCCAAGUCCCAGUGAACUCAACUGUUUUAUCCUGAGUGAGGCCAUUUUCAAUAAUGUUCAAAAUCUACAUACUUUCCACUUAAUGAUACACCUUCUCCGAACAGUCUGGGUUAUAAAAUAAAAAGUAGCAGAACGUGACACAUAGCUGAGAAUUUUUAACAUUUCAGAUAUCUUGGCCUUAAAGUUGAAAUUAAUUGUCAAUUCACCUUGACUUCUCACUUUGUGCAACUCACUGCAUUUAGAAUUUACCCAUUAAACCCCUUAAGGGGGGGUGUAGUAAUUUUUCUAUAGGCCGUAGGGGUCCUGUAUUUAGAGUUACACAUGCACAAGCUUGUGCUUUGCCAUAUUUAUGAAAGGCUAGACCUGUAAAUAAUGUAAAUAAAAAUCUUAUAUGUGUUGGUAAUAGUCCUACCUCUCUACACUCUAUUUGCUGUCUCAAACAAUAUAUAUGGUAACAGCAUACAGGCACCAUUUGGCCCAUCUAAUCAAACCAUGUUGAAACUUUAUUUUGUGAAUUUCUUUCAUGUGAAAGCCUUAUUCAUUUCUUAAAGGACCACUAUAGGCACCCAGACCACUUCAGCUCAAUGAAGUGGUCUGGGUGCCAGGUCCAUCUAGGGUUAACCCUGCCUGCUGUAAACAUAGCAGUUUCAGAGAAACUGCUAUGUUGACAUUAGUGUUAAUCCAGCCUCUAGUGGCUGUCUCAUUGACAGCCGCUAGAGGCGCUUCCGCGCUUCUCACUGUGAUUUUCACAGUGAGAAGACGCCAGCGUCCAUAGGAAAGCAUUGAGAAAUGCUUUCCUAUGGCCUGACUGAAUGCGCCCGUGGCUCUUGCCGCACAUGCGCAUUCAGCCGGUGACAUCAGAAGAGGGAGGAGAGUCCUCAGCGCCGAGGGAGCCUGGCGCUGGAGAAAGGUAAGCCUUUAACCCCUUCCCCCCCCCCUGCCUAGAGCUUGGCGAGAGUGGGUCUCUGAGGGUUGGGUGACCCAAAGACCCUAUAAUGCUGGCACUAUAGUGGUCCUUUAAGCAUUCCUAAAUUCCUGCGAAGUGUCAGUCUAUAAUAUGUCUAGCGGAAGCCUAUCCUUCAUUCAGUAAUCUGAUAGCAAUAGGCUCAAUAAUUGACUCUUGAGACAGUCUUUCACAUGCAUUUACUCCAAGUUACUUGGGAAAUAUUUUAUCUAUUCCAUUCUCUACACGUUGACUCAACGUGUGCCAUUUAUAAUGUGGCUUAUUGUGGGAGUAAUAUCAAAUGCCUUACUAAAAUCUUAAUCUCUAAGUAAUGCUCUAUCACGAUGUCUUAGUUUAGUGUCAAAUAACACAAUUUGUGUUUGAUGAUCUACACUCCAUAAAACAGGUUGCCUCUGAUUUUACAGGUAUUUCAUCUCUAGGUAAGAAACAGUUCUUCAUUUUUCUAUUCUUUUUCAAAUACCAAAGUUUCUGGCACACUAGAAAAAUAUGUUGGCGCUGUAUAAAGGCUAGUAUUAAUAUAUCUUGUUUAUAUUACCUUCCAUGAGUGUGGUAUAGAGUAACUUGAAGUUUUCAGUUACUGAAGGCUGCCUGUCACUGAGUUAAUUUGCAUUUUUAAGCAUAAGCCGUAAACUUUAAGUUACAAUUGCAUCAAUGGCUUCAGGACUUACGCAAUAUCGGUCAUGUUCUGCAUGUAUAUGAAGAUAUCUCAACUUUUUGUUCAACAUAAGAUGUCCUGUAUAUUCUACAAAGACUAUAAUGAAUGUUAGUAAAGUGAAUUAAUCUUGUUGUAGCUCUUCUAUCCAUAUUUUAAUAAAGAUAAUAAAUGUUUCUUUUGACUUUUA